GAAAGCACCGGCAUUUUUUUUAAAAAAAUCAUCACGUUUUACUUCUCAUAUCCUACAUAAUCCUAUUUGAUAACAUCGUUAGGAUUUUGAUGUGACACAAGACGUGCGGGGGAAAAUUACGUCACAUUUUUAUUUUAUUAUUUUUUUUAAACGCGUCGGGCUCAAGGUUAUUAUGUUGCUGCGUGGAUAAAAUGCAGCACGGCUCUGUACUCAUACACCGCCGACGCUGCGUAGCGUCCGGACAGAGGACGUGAUCGUCGGCUAGAGGGGAAGUAAGAGAAGGGGUGGCAGCGGGAGGUGGUGCAGGGGACGGACGCAACGGGGGUGACCCGGUUACCGGCCUCUGCGGUUCUCCGCCACCAUGGCCAGAGCUCUGCGGAGGCUCAUUCAUCUGGUGCUCUUCUGCCCUAUAUCCAAAGGCCUGCAGAGUCGGCUGCCAUCCGUCAAGGUGAAGUACCUCCUCCUGGCAUGGUUGGGCGUUCUGGUGGCCAGUUGGGUGCUCUACAUGCAGUACGCCUCCUACUCGGAACUGUGCCGUGGACACGUCUGCCGAGCAGUCAUCUGCGACCACUACGGCAGAGGUGUCAUCUCCGGGUCAUCUUGCAAGGCUCUUUGCGAGCAAAAAACGCUGACGCUGGGCCACUGCCUUUCCACCUCCUCUCAACAUCAGGUGUACGGCGGCCACUGGAAGGAGAGGCCGGUUGUAAUCAAGUGCGGCAUUGAGGAGGGGGUCAAAACCGACGGCGGUCCCGAUUCAGUGCACCGACGCAAGAAAAGCUUGUUCGAUAAACCCACGCGUGGAACCUCCAUGGAUGAGUUUAAGGAGAUGCUGCUAAACUUUCUCAAGGCUAAUUUCGGGGAACAGCCAUCCUUGAGCGCCCUGGUAGACAGGAUCAUUUCACUGGCAGAUGUCAACCAGGACAACAAACUGUCCUUGGCGGAGGCCAAGUCCAUCUGGGCCCUCCUUCAUGUCAACGAGUUCCUCCUGAUGGUGGCGUUGCAGGAGAAGGAGCACACUCCCAAGCUCCUGGGCUUCUGCGGGGACCUGUACGUGACCGAGCCAUUGGGUCACACCUCCCUCUACAGGCUGGAGGUGCCGCCCUACAUGCAGGCCCUGGUGCCAGGCGCCCUGGUGUCUGGGCUGAACCACUGGCUGGCCCCGGCCUGGCCCCGGCGGGCCCGCAUCACCAUCGGCCUGCUGGAGUUUGUGGAGGAGGUCUUUCACGGGCCCUACGGCAGCUUCCUAAUCUGCGACGCCAGCCCACGCCACGUGGGCUACAAUGCCAAGUAUGACUGCAAGAUGGCUGACCUGCGCGCCGUGGCCUCGGAAGCUACAGUGCGGACGCACCUGAAGGGACGACGCUGCGAGACCAACGCCGACUGCACGUACGGCCGCGACUGCACAGCCACCUGCGACAGACUGGCAAAGCGCUGCAACGCUGACGUAGUGCAGCCCAACCUGGCCAAGGUAUGUGCACUUCUGCAGGACUUCCUGCUCUUCGGUGCACCGCCCGAGCUGCGAGGUGACCUGGAGCGACAGCUGCGCACCUGCGUCACCCUUAGCGGACUUGCCAGCCAGAUGGAGGUGCACCAUUCGCUAGUCCUCAACAACCUUAAGACACUUCUGUGGAAGAAGAUCUCUAACACGCAGUACUCCUGAGGAACACAUUCCUAAUCCUUGACUAAGGGCCUGACUUUAAAGCUUUUUUUGCUUUAAAAACAGGCAAACAGAUGUUUUACCUGGUUCGACUACAGUUGUAUCCGCCAAACCAUCAAAAUAGCUGCUUAACUUCUAUUGUGCAUUCCAUCCCAAACGCAGAAAAAUUCUAUCAGUGAAUGAAAAUACCAGAAUCAAUAAGGCGCAAACUAAACUUAAAAUCCACCUGCGCCGUUCCUUUUAUGUCUUAAAAUAGAGUGACUCUCUUGACCUAUUAUUUCUGUCACUGUCAGUUUUAUUUUUCAAACUGGCUCUGCUGAAGGAGGAAGUAUUGACAAGGUGAGGAUGAAAACAGAUCUUGUCCACUUGUGUUAACAUUUUGAAAUGUCAGAAACCAUAGCGGGUGCUGGUAUUUCAAGGUGGGGAAGCUCAAAGUAUAUCCGCCUGUGAGUGCUUCGUGGCAAACCCAACAUUUAACCAAUGAGUCGUCUUGUUUCACUGCAGUGGAACAAUGCUCUCCCAACUUUGGAGACGCUCAGCGUCCACACUGUUUUAAGCACUGUGAAGCUGCGCGACUCAAUAUAAAGAAAGUCGCGUCAUAACCAGUGAUAAGCUGAUUCUGAACAAACGUUGAGCGCAUUUUAGCGCAUAUUUAAUCAUUGACAUGAACACACAACAGUAUACAUUUGAUCACUUACUUUUUGACAUUUUAGAGGAAGCUGAGCUUCCCUUGCAGUCUUAGUGCAAUCAUCUCUGGUCAGAAAGAACAAUUAUUUAAACCCAUUGUCUAUUUGAGCCGUGCCAUAUUUGAGCUAAAGCACCCAAAGGCUGACUUGUACAAAUUCAAAAGAAGGAGUCAUGCAAUAUCACCUAUACUUUUCCACCUUUCAACUACCAAUUUUCUUGCAUCUCGGCCAUUUCAAGAUGCAGUUGGCAGACAAUUAGACUCGAGUCACAUGGUCUUUGAUGACUCACAAGUCACAACUCGACUCAGACUUGAAGGGGAAAAAAACGCAGUCUUGGGCUUGACAUGCUUGAGCUGGGAGGGUCAAUAAAUCGAGACUCGAGACUCGACAGACUCGAAAAACCAGGAUUAUAGAUUGGUUCCCACCUACCAGGGAUCCGCUUGGUCGCCUUGGUUGCUCUCGCCACACCCUCAUGGAACAUCACGGCAAUCAAAAAUCAAUCAAAAUUCCCUGCACCAAUUGCCAGACUCGUGCAAUUGUCUGGCAAUUGGUGCCUGGAGAUGAUUUUGAUCAUACAGGAAUUUCACAUAGUUGGCAUUUCGUCUGUUCCAUUCACACCUCCAAAACCAUAAUAGAUACCAAAAGCCCGCAUUCAAACUAUGUGAUCUUGCCCAAUUUUACACCUUUAAUGAUUUUUAUCACAAUAUUUGCAGUUCGCUCACUGACAAUGGGCAGUCUUUGAGCAUGAACAUGCAUUUGACUGUCCGCACAAUGGAAUUUUAUAGAGUUGGACUGGAGGAUACGGACGUUACAACCUGUGUCAUCAUGUAAUUAACACUGAAGAAACCUGUAAAUAGCUCAAAUGUUAAUGGGAAAGUGCCACAAAACUUGAAUGGAAGGUUGAAUCGGAAACUAACGUGCUGAAAAUGUUUCACUUUUAAUCCAAGCUGCUUCUCAGUUCUAAUUUUUAGGUGUGGCUUGUGGAACAACUGUUCUGCAUUGGGGUUAGUCAUCUUUGGGCGGGUUAAGAUGUCAGGAUAAUAGCUCAAAACUGUUAAGGGCCGGCUUUUUAAAAAUUUUAAAUAGGUAUCUUCGCCUUUUUCAAGCCAGAUACCAAUUUGGGUAUCUUUGAAGGAAUGCUCUUAUUAGAGAUGCAAAUGAACCACUGAUUCUAGACCUGUAAAAAAAUGGGUCGUUGAUUCUGCGACGCGCGAAGUGGCUGCUUUGUGCCUCCAAUGUAAAAGUCACUCUACAGUCUACACUCUACUAAACAGUGUUUUCAAACAAGUGUUAUAUAUUUGCCAUCAUAGAUAGAAUUAAGUCAAUCCCCCUAAUGGCACACUAACGUCAAAAGUGAACAUUUCCAUGAAUUCCAAUGGGGAAAUGGUUCAAAUCUUGUGAACAGUGUUAUAGACAAUCAGCUGUGAUUAAAAACUUGACACUUUAUCAAAUAUCAGUGUUUAAUUGAUGUUGCCUGGGGUGGGAAAAAAAAAAGUGAUCCAUCGGUUCGAAUCAACACCAAGGCAGGAAAAAAAAAACUUUUAGAAUGUCAUGUUUUUGAUUUUGGAUCUCUUAAAAUUUGUCAAUAAUCAAAUUACCUUUGUAAGGAUGGUAUCAUGCUUUCAAUAUCUUAUAGUUUUCAGUUUAUUUCUCAAUAUUUUUUUGGUCCCGGUUACCUCCCUUUUUUACUCAAGUAAAAGUACAGCUACA